GCCGCCGCCGAGGCGCCGUUCGCCGCCGCGCCCGGCCCGGCCAUGCUGCGGCCGGAGCCCCUCUGCCUCCUCUUCCUGGUGCUCCUGCGCGGCGGCUGGGCCGAGACCCCCGCUCCUCCGGCCGCCUCGAGCCCGCUCAACGGCACCGGGCCGCCGCGCGCCGCCGGCGGUAACGGGACGCGGCCGGGGCCGCCGUGGGGCGCGGGGCUGCCGCAGGGGCCCGGGCUGCCGGUGCUGAAGCGGGCCCUGUACGUGCUCAGCGCCCUCUCCGCGCUCGCCGCGCUCUACUUCCUCCUGCGGGCCGUGCGUUCUAGAUCAGAGCGACCCAGAAACGAACUCAAAACUAAUUUCAGGUUGAAGAAACCUCAGCGGAAGAAAUACGGUCUUCUUUCAAACUAUGAUGAAAACAUAGAGAUGGCUUCGUUUGACAGUGAUGAGGACACAGUGUUUGAGACAAGAAAUCUGAAGCGGUAA